GUUUUGUGUACAAAGUCAAAGGUCAUAGACAAGUAAACAUUGCCAAUGGUCGUAUCACGUUAAAUCGAGUAUACCGGUGAACAUUGAUGAUAAACGAGUGGCGGCGACUCGUAUCAGGUAUCACGAUAAGAUCCUUAAAGUGGACGUAUUCGCGUGCAUUUUCCAUCAUGGACAAGAUAGAGGAUGUUAACAUCGAUACGGGAACUUUUAAGUACGUGUUGUGCCAGAUUUUCGAGAGCAAAUCGGACGACAACUCAAAGCACGUUGUCAGAGGCGACGGGAAAUGCGAAUAUCAUCAAGACGUGUGGAACAAAUUGAAGAGACUCCUGCGCGAACACAAUCUGCGCGGCAAGUGCGUGGGCGGCGGAAGGAUGGAGCACGACCCCGACAAGAAAGUCAUCAAAGUCUACGGAUACUCGUACCAAUACGGCAGAGCUAAUCACGAACUGACGGUCGAGAUACUGCAGAAAAAGUAUCCCGAUUACAACGUCACAUGGACGGACGAAGGUUAUUAAUUGUCAGGCGCAUGUAAACAAAAUAAAAAAAAAAAUUAAAAAAAAAAAAAAAAACCAUUAUGAUAUUACUGGUAUUUAUGAUAAACUAGUAUUUAUGAUAUUGCUGGUAUUUAUAAUAAA